AUGCUCAACGCACUUCUGCUGGUUCUCCCCGCGCUGGCCGGAGUGAACGCCGCUGGCGGUGAUCACUACGUCCAGUUCCGCCAGAAGGGCGAGCUGAACCCUGUGAAGCGUAGCCCGGAACCCGCUGGCGGGGACCACUACGUCCAGUUCCGCCAGAAGGGAGAGCACAUUGCCGUCCGCCAGAACAUUGAGGAAGGUAAGCGUUACUUCUACCCCGGCGAUGUCAUUGGCUUCGACGAGCGUGGCCUGCCCAUUACGGCUACGACCACCAUCGUUGUUCCGAUGACCACGACCCAGACCAUCUGGGUUGACCCCACUGGUGCCCCUUCCUCAGACCCCACCGCGGUGCCUCUCCCUAGCAUCACUGGCAACGACACUGCUCUCCCGUCUCCUUCUUCGGAGGCGAACGCCACGAGCGUUCUGCCCACGUCUUCCCCUUCCGGAAAUGAGACCCUUCCUUCUCCCACUGGAGGCAACUCCACCUCGUUGCUGCCCACCGCUCUGCCCAGCGGCAACGGAACCCAGCCUUCGCCGACUGCGAACGGUACCUCUCUGCUGCCCUCGGCCCUGCCUUCUGGCAACGAGACUGAGCCGUCGCCGAGCGACAACUCGACUUCGGCUCUGCCGUCUGCCCUUCCCUCUGGCAAUGUGACUGAGCCGUCGGUCAGCGCCAACGCCACUUCGGUGCUCCCGACACCUCUUCCCUCGGGCAAUGAGACGGAACCUUCUGCCAGCGCCAACGUGACGUCUGCUCUGCCCACUGCUUCCCCGUCGGGCAAUGGUACCGAGCCUUCUGCCAGCUCGAACGUGACGUCCGCUCUGCCCACUGCUUCGGGCAACGAGACGGAGCCAUCUACGAGCGCGGACAUCUCCUCCGCUCUCCCCACUGCGCUCCCCUCCGGCAACGUCACCCUUCCUGAGCCCUCGGCGAGCGCCAACGUCACCUCUGCUCUCCCCAGCGCUCUCCCUUCCGGCAACGAGACCGAACCGAGCAGCUCUAACGCUCCUUCAGGCACUGCGCCCUCCGACAUCGUCUCCGCCUCUGCCGGUUCGGUUACCCCUGGUGAGCCCAGUGCCUCCGCGACGGCUUCUGCCACUGCUUCUGCUUCCGAGUCUGCCUCGGCGAGCUCCGCCUCCGCUUCCGUUACCGAGUCCGCCAGCGCCUCAGCCAGCAACGAGGCCUCCGCUUCGUCUGCUGCGGCGUCGGAGACCCCGUCCGCUAGCUCUCCUUCGCCGAGCGACGACUCGGGCACUGCCUCAAGCACGUCCGAGUCUCCAUCCGCGUCCCCCACGCCUAGCGCUUCGGCGUCUGGCUCGAUCGAGUCCGCUUCCAGCUCCGAGGCUUCCUCGGUCUGGGUUUCGGUCUCGAGCCGCGACUCUGACGACUGGAUUAGCCCUACUGACACAGACGAAGGCACCGAGCCCACGAGCACCUCGCCCUGGUGGCAGCCCGACACGACCUCGACCACGGUCUGGUGGACUCCCGGUCCCGGUGAUGGCGCGUGGACGCCCUCUGGCACUGCCACCGCCUCGGCUACCGAGACCCCCUCCCAGGCUCCUUCCCAGGUUCCUUCUCAGGCCCCUUCUUCCACUGCCGAGUCGUCUCCCAGCGUUCCCAAGCCCACUGGUGACACCGGUGACCGGAUCCUGAGCGGCUACUGGGCCGACUGGACCGCCAACAAGCUUCCCCCCGAGUCCAUCGACUGGUCCAAGUUCGACGUCGUCAACUACGCCUUCGCUGAGCCUGAUGCCUCUGGUGUCCUGCAGUUCUCGCAGGGCAACGGUCCUGACCUGCUCACCCGUCUCGCCAACUCUGCUCACUCGGCCGGCAAGCGUGUCGUUCUUUCCAUCGGUGGCUGGACUGGUUCUGCUCACUUCUCCACGAUCAUGAGCACCGCCUCUGGCCGUUCCAACUUUGUCGACGCCUGUGUUUCCGCCUACAAGAAGUACAACCUCGAUGGCAUUGAUCUCGACUGGGAGUACCCCGGCGCUCCUGGUGCGGCCGGCAACGCCGUGUCUGCCAGCGACUCGGACAACUACCUCAUCUUCCUAAAGGAGCUCCGCAAGGCUCUCCCGUCUCCUGCCUUGAUCACUGCCGCUACCCAGGUCUGGCCCUUCUACGGUUCCAGCGGCCAGCCCAUGUCCGACGUUUCCGGAUUCGCCGAGAUCUUUGACUGGAUCCUGAUCAUGAACUACGACAUCUACGGCUCGUCGACUGAGCCUGGACCCAACGGACCCCUCAAGGACGGCUGCAAGACCUCGUCCCAGCCCACUGCCAACGCCUACGCUGCUGUCGCUGCCUGGACCGGUGCUGGUAUGCCCGCGCACAAGAUCUCUCUCGGUCUCGCUGCCUACGGCUACAUCCAGAUCUCCAGCGCCGACCAUCUCCAGCGCCGCACCUACCCUUACCCUGUCUCGAAGCGUGCUGUCACGAUCAAGAACGACGAGGGUGGCACGUCCUCUGGCCAGAUCACCUUUGCGUCCAUCUUCAACCAGGGUGCUCUUGUCAAGGACGGCAACGGCUUCACUGGCGCUGGUGGCUUCACCCGCAACUGGGACGAGUGCUCGUCUACUCCCUGGCUCAAGUCUGAGGCGUCUGGCCAGAUCAUCACGUACGACGACACCGAGUCGUUCAACCUCAAGGGUCAGUUCGCUGCUCAGGCUGGCCUCAAGGGUUGCUCUGUCUGGGCCAUGGACGGCGACCUCGAGGGCUUCCCCCUCAUCUCGGCCGCUCGCUCGGGUAUGGGCAUCUAA